AUGAGCGUGUGGCACCUUGCCGAGGCGAUCACGUGCCAUGCAUGGAACCAGGACAAGUCCAAGGUCGCGAUCUGCCCCAACACGAAUGAGAUCUGGAUCUACUCCAACUGCCAUGCGCCCGACGUGGCGCAGUGGCGCAAGGAAGCCAUCCUCACCGAGCACGACAUGGUCGUGAGCGGCCUCGACUGGUCGCCGGUCCACGACAUGAUUGUCUCGUGCUCGCACGACCGGUCGGCCUUUGUGUGGAACUACAACCCGUCGGAGCGCAAGUGGAAGCCGUCGCUCGUCGUCUUGCGCAUCACGCGCGCGGCGAUCAACGUCAAGUGGAGCCCCGAUGGCAAGAAGUUUGCCGUCGGGAGGCAGUGCCAAGUGC